AAGAAAGGCUGACACAAGAACUAAUAUAAAUAAAUAAAUAAAGUUUUGGACAUUAGUCUCAUUCUUCUGCUCUUAUCCAUUGACAUUUAAAACGAUUUCUUGUAAUUCUGCUUGUAUUAUGUGUUAGAUUAGAAUUAGAUCUAUCAUCUAUGCAAUUACCACUUGCCCAUCUCCUUUCAAUCCUUUCUGGCUACAUGUGUCGACAAGGAGUGUAAUGGCAGCAGCUGAAGCAAGGGCUGUCUGGCAAAGAACAGCGAAUCGUUGCUUUGUCCAAGAAGAUGCCAAAAGAGCUCCCAAGUUAGCUUGCUGCCAAUCAUCAUCUCAUUGUAAACAGGCUGAUUCUAGCCCCACUGGUGUAGCAGAUGCUCGUGAUCACCCUGCGGUUGAUCUCAAUGCUCUCAACAGGAACCCUUCCUAUUCCAAUCUACCGCCUGAUAUGAGGUGGUGGCUUCAGUUGCAGCCUAGCUAUGGACCCCAAAAGGGUUUAAAAAAUGAGCAGUUAUAUGCCUUGGAGGAUGAAGUGGAAAGUUUGAAAGGUGAAAUAAAGUCUCCCUCCAAUGUAAGUAGAGUUCAGCCGCAUGAUGCACAAGAUGCUUCUGGUGUUGACAGAAAAAGGAACAAUGGAGGUUCUCUUGAUUCAACUGAGACUGUGCGAAACUAUGAACUUUUGGAGAUGGAAUCUGUUGAAUGCCAUGUUUCCAAAAAAAUCAAUGACUGCUGUUACGAUCCAGAGUCUCCUUGGGCUGGGGAUGGGAAGGCUGAGCCAUGGUGGCGCACAACAGAUAAAGAUGAGCUUGCCUCUUUGGUUGCACAGAAGUCGUUGGAUUUCAUUGAGAAUUGUGAUCUUCCCCCACCUCAGAAGAUGCAUGUAAGAAGGUACUUGUGUGCAUCUUCCGGUUCUUAUGGCGGUAAUCGGAAGUCUGAAGCAGGCCCUAUGCUUGGUCCAAUCCUCAAUGCGCAGGGCUCUCCUGAUUCUGUAAGAACUCUUGGAAGAAAGAUGCAGUGUGCUUCCAGCACACCAUUCAGAACAAUCCAAAAGGACAUUAUAGAGGAAGUUACGGAGACUGAUCCUACCACAGCUCAGCUGUUAGAUGCACUUCGUCGCUCACAAACCCGUGCUAGGGAAGCUGAGAAAGCAGCAAAACAAGCCUAUAAAGAGAAGGAGCAUGUCAUCAAGCUUUUCUUCAAACAAGCCUCACAACUCUUUGCCUAUAAACAGUGGUUCCAAAUAUUGCAGCUAGAAGCCCUUUUUGUCCAUACCAAGGAUAAUGGGCAGCCAGUCUCCCCUCAAUUUCCUGUAGUUCUUCCACCUACAUCCUACAACAGUAGGAAACUGCGAAAGAGGCAAAAGACUGGAAAAGGUAAUCGAGGGAAGCGUGGCUUGCCUAGACCAGACUUGACCAAGUAUGUCGUUGCUUUUGCAUUGGGGCUGAGUCUUGUUGGUGCUGGUUUGCUAUUGGGAUGGACUGUGGGGUGGAUGUUUCCUUUCUAGAGAAUCAGAGAGAUCAAUUAAUCCCCUUGCUUAGGUUUGCAACAAAGAAUGGUCAGAUAAUUUGACUAAAUUUGUUUUCCAUAUAUGAACAAUUUCCCCCGUUAAUUUUACACGUAUUAAGCCCUGUAUAUUGUAUGUAUCUAGUUGUUCACCUUUCUGUAUCUAUUGUUUGUUUUUAGGUGUUUAUUUCUUAGUAGCGUACUUUGGAUGCAUAAUUGAUGUGGUGGGCUGUUGUACAUAUAUUGGGUGAAAGCGUCACGAGGCAAAGUAUCUCAAUAUAUAUCUCUUUGAUAAACCCAUCAAUGAAAAGCGAAGCUUGUUCAGUGUCUAUAAAUUGAACAGUUUCUGGA